UGAAGUCUUACAAGAUGAGCCACUGGAUUUGAGGUAGCACCAGUUAUGGAAUUUAGACACUGCAGAGAAUGAGCAUCUAGCUUGAAAAAUAAUUUAAUUUUUGCAAUUCACUUUCACCGGGUUUAAAAAAUAAUUAAUUAUUACAUAAAUUAUUUUUAGUAUAACCAUAACAUUAGGAUUUGUUCUUGAUCUCCUUGAAAGUUAAGAUCCAUCUGAAAAUCACUAAAAAAAAACAAAAAAAAAGGUCUAGUGGCUGCAAUAACUUGAGGCAAUUUGUUUUUACAUCAAUGUACACAACACCAGAUCAGUAAUCUGCUCACCCAAAGACAGAUUCUUCAGAGCCCCCCCCCCCCCAACAAGCAAGUCAAUGUUUAAAAUGGUUAUGAUCAACUUUUGACAGAGGAACUAUCACUAACACACAAAAUCAGCAAUUUUUUUAAUGAUGAUGCAACUCUAUUUAACAAUUUAACUUGUUAUUUCUUCAAGUGAUUUGUUUGGCUUGUUUCUGUACAUGGAUGAAGCGUUUCAGUAAAGGUAAACAUUUGUAAAAAAAAAAAAAAAAAACUAGCUAUAAUUUAACUUGUUAUUUCUUCAAGUGAUUUGUUUGGCUUGUUUCUGUACAUGGAUGAAGCGUUUCAGUAAAGGUAAACAUUUGUAAAAAAAAAAAAAAAAAAAAACUAGCUAUAAAGAAGCUUUAAUAAUAAUUAGUGUUUUUUUCUUCUAAUUUUGAUCAGAGUUUUGGAUUACGACACGUACAGUGCCCACGAUACGAUCGGCAAAGUUUAUAUUGACCUGAAUCCAUUGUUAUCCAGGGAUAACUCCAACAUCAUCAGCGGAUGGUUUCCAAUCUAUGACACAAUGCAUGGUAAUCACAGUGUACUGAGAAGAAUGAUAACCUGAACUGUUAGAAACAAUGUAACAUUUUUUAAAUUGAAUGUUACGUUGAUACAAAUUUUAUAUAGAAGAAUGCAAAAAAUACUUCAGGGAGUACCCUCAACAAAACAAUAUUGCUGCAUAAAUUGCCAAUAUUUUUAUGUUAUAUUCCACGAUUAGGUCUCAGGGGAGAGUUAAACAUACAGGUCCGUG